AUGAAGCUCGCCCGGGCCCUCGUGGCGAUAAAUUACUUCUCCCCCGCGAGAACAACCCCCCGACUGUCUUUGUCCAGCAGGCUAUUUUUCGAAAGGGGACUUUUCAGCAGAAAUAAUGUACAUACUACCUGCUUCACCAAGAAGGACAAAAAAUAUUUCAUUGUGAAGAAACCUGAUAUGUGCACAAAUGUGAUUAUCGUCCCCAUGUACAGAGACAACUAUGCUUACAUUUUUUACGAUGAUAAGGAUGAAGGAGUAGCAGUGGAUCCAAGUGACCAUAACGUCGUUAACGAAAUAACCGAAAUGGAAAAUAUAAAAAUAAAAAAUGUGCUAUGUACACAUAAACAUGCUGACCAUAAUGGAGGAAAUAGCUAUUUUUUCAACAAAAAAAUUAAUGUGUACGGAAUUAAAGAAAAGGACAAUAAAUAUAUAAAUAGGAAUCUUCAAAACUGGAAAAUUCACAAAAGGACUCUUCAAAAAAAAAUUUUUUUUACGGGGGAUUUUUUGUUCAUAUGUGGACUGGGAAAAAAUUUCGAAGGCAACAAUUUUGACUUGCACAAUUCUGUGAACAAUUUAAAAAGGCUACAAAAGGACGCAGAAAAAAUUUACAUUUUUUGCGGACAUGAAUAUACACAAGACAAUGUCAAAUUUGCGUUAACUGUAGAUGGGGUUAACCCACAAUUGGCUACCUUUCAUCAACAACUUUUGGAAAACCAAAAUAUGCAUCCCACCGUGCCUUCUCUCCUGGAAGAUGAAUUUGCAUACAACCCCUUCUUGCGAUGUGAUGAGGAGUAUAUACAAAACGAAAUUAAAAAGUACGCAAAAAGGAACCAUUACGUUAUUAGUGCCAAGUCCGAGUACAUAGCUCUUUUGCGCGUCAUGAAGGAUAACUUUAAGUGCUCCUGA